AUGAAGUACUCCGACCCCAUCACCCAAGUCAUCAUUGUGGGCUUUAUCUGCUUCUGCUGCCCCGGUAUGUUCAACGCCUUGAACGGCGCUGGUUCGUACGGUCUUGAGCCCAAGGAUUCCGAUGUCGGAAACAAGGCCUCAACCGCCCUGUCCUGCAUGUUCGCUUUCUCCUCCCUCUUCGCCGGUGCUCUCUUCAACAUCUUCGGUCAUCGUGUUCUCCUCAUCCUCGGUGGUUUGACCUACACCCUCUAUGUCGGCUCUUACCUCACCUACCACUUCGUCCAGUCCCUCGCCUUCGUCGUCGUCUCCUCUUGCUUGCUCGGUAUUGGUGCCGGUUGGUUGUGGACUGCCCAGGGUGCCGUCAUGAUGGGUUACCCCGAGGAGGGUGAGAAGGGUCGCUUCUUCUCGAUCUUCUGGACCAUCUUCAACUGCGGUGGUGUCAUUGGAUGCAUCAUCCCCCUCGCCAUCCAGUGGAACGACCCCAAGGCCAACGGUGCCUCGACUGCCUCCUAUGCCGCCUUCAUGACUUUGAUGACCAUUGGUGCCCUCGGCUCCGUUGCUUUGUUGCCCACCAACAAGGUUUUCCGCAAGGAUGGUUCCCCCGUCGUCAAGGUCGCCUAUGCCAACCCCACUGGCGAGUUCCUUGCUGUCAUCAAGCUCUUCGGUGACUGGCGCAUGUUGUGCUUGGUUCCCAUGUUCUUCUCCUCCAACUGGUUCUAUACCUACCAGUUCAACGCUGUCAACGCCUUCAACUUCUCCAUCCGUACUCGCUCAUUGAACUCCAUGUUCUACUGGUUGGCUCAGAUCAUCGGUUCCAUCCUCUACGGUUCUUUCUUGGACAAGAAGGAGUGGACCCGUACCACCCGUGCUCGCUAUGGUCUCUUCUUGUUGGCCGGUGUCCUCACUGCUACCUACGUCGGUGGGUUCAUCUACCAGUCCAAGAUUGGCCCCAAGGGAUUUGUUAUCGACAAAACUGGUGAGGCUAUCAAGGACCCUGAUUCCUGGGUUAUCUACGAUCUCGUUGAGAACACCUCCGAAUGGAUUGGACCAUUCUUCCUCUACUUCAUGUACGGAAUCACCGAUGCCAUGUACCAGGGAUUCUCGUACUGGGUCAUGGGUGCUCUCACCAACGAUACCAACACCGCUGCCAAGUACGCUGGUUUCUACAAGUUCGUCCAGAACUUGGGUGGUAUCCUCGCCCCCAUUGUUCAGACCUCCACCAUCGGUAACGGUCCCUCUGCCGGUCACAACGCCCGCAACGUCACCGGCCAGGGUAUGGGCGAGCUCAUCGUCUGCGUUGUCCUCAUCUUUGUCGGUGUCCUCGGUGCCAUCCCUGUCGUCUUCAAGGCCAUCAAGGAUACCACCGUCGAGGAAGGCGAGGUCGCCUCCGAGAAGACCGAGAUCGCUUAUGAUGAUGUCAAGGCUUAA